GAAAUAAAAAAAAAUUGUUUCGUGUAUGUCUAAUAAUCCAGUUAUUAAUCUAUUUGAUGAUCCAAGUAAAAAGGUUGUUUUAAUAUGUGCACCAAUGGGCCGUGCCGCCGUGGUAGCAGAUUAUAAUUUCGGAAAUUGAUUCGUUUGUAUGAAUGUAAUUUAUGUUUGACACCAAUGAUAAUGGUCAAUUGUUAUGUCAGCUGAGACUAGGGCACAUUAAUUCCAAACUGGUACAGAUUCAUUUUCAUUAGCUUAACUAUUCAAUGAAAUGGCAGACACAGACAUUAAGCAAAUUAAUGAAACAAAUUUAAGAGUCAAAUUAGUUGGUAAUAACAAUAUCUGUGCAAAUUCUGAACAACUUAAACAAUCAAUUGAUUCACGAAAAACCAAUAAAAUGAUUGAUAAGAAUGAACAGAACUGUGGUUCUAUUUUAAAUUCUGAUAAAAGUAAUGAUGGUGAAGAGGAUUACUGUGAAAUAAAUUAUGAAGAUAAUGAUAGUGAAAAUGAACAUCAAAUUAAUAAUACAGACUGUAAAUCAGAUAAUAAUGUUAUCGAAGAUGAUCAGACUCUUCACAGUGAAAAUGCAACCAUAAAUAGUGACGAUUUGUUUGAUCCAGAAAACAGUUAUAAUCGUACCAAAGAAAUAAAUAUCAAUGACAAUGAAAAACAAAUGGAAGCCAAUGAUACAGUCAAUGAACAAAAAACAGAAGACAAUGAACAAAUGGAUGAUGAAGGUGAAGAGGACAAUGAAGAAGAUGAAAUAAUUGAUCAAAACGAUACUGAAAGUAGGUCAAAUGAGAUAAAAUUAUCAUUAGAAGAUUCUAGAAUUAAUCUUGAUAAAUCUGUGACUAUUGUUAAAGUUCCAAAUCCAAUGCAAAAUUCUGGUAGUAGUGGAAAAAAAAAAAUUAAAAGUUUACCUGACAUAACCUUAACUCCACGUAGAAGUACACGGAAUAUAAACAAACACAAAAGUUUUAGUGAUAACGACAAAGAGAAGGAAGAUAGUGUAAUAGUAGAUGACAACACUAAAAUUUUACCUAAGAAAUCACCAAUGAUAACCAAACCAAUUGUUGUUAAUGACACUAAAAAAUUUGUAAAAACUGCUGCUGAAACAAAACAAAAAAGUAAUAAAAAAAAACAGAACUUAGUUAUCAUUGAUACUAACAUGUUAAUAGGACAAAGUAACUUACCUAUUGCGGUAUCUAUGCAAUCAAACACCUCAAGUAGUGCAACGAAUGUUACUCGAACCGUUACUAAAUCGAUUCAAAAUUCCUAUAAUCGAGUACAACACUUGCAAACUACUAUCAAUCCUUUUAUAUUAACUACUUUACCAACUCCUGUUACAGUACCUACAAAUGUUCCAAAACCUCCAAUUAUAUUACCAACUUUAACUGAUGAUAUGUUUGUUGCUGAAGCCCCAUCUUUUAUUGUGCCUUAUAUCUAUGAAAAGCCAUCCAAUAAACAAUUUAAAGAAUACAUUGAAAAUUUAAAAAAAAUAAAAGUUGCUAAAGAAGAUGAAGAUGAAACUCAUUGCAAAGAAUCUUCAGAUAAGAAAAACGAAAAUAAUCAGAAAGAAAAGAGUAGUAAAAGAUCGGAAACUUAUGAAAAGAUGGAUAUUGAUGAGUUAGAAAAUGAUGUGUCUCGUUGCGAAAAAAUAAGAGAUGGCUGUAAAGAAAAUAGUCUUAAAAAUAAUAAAAACGGUGAUCAUAAAAUGUUUUAUGUAUUAGAAAGUACUAAAAAGGAUGAUUCAAUAUCCAAAAAUUUGUCUGAAUCAAUGGAUUUUAAAAAAAGCAUUACCGUUCUCACUGUUGAAUCUGAUGAAAAGAAAACUGAAGUUGUUAAACCAGAAAUUCAAAGUUCCAACUACUUUGAUAAUCCAUUGGGUAAGUUUUUCAUGCAAAUAGGUAUAAACCUUGUUAAAGAGCAUGUUCAACUUGAUCUAUUAGUUACACAGAGAAGAAAAAGAGAUCGCGAAGUUGAUAAAUGUCCUAAAGAAACUCACAUGACUAUUAGUUCUUUAAUUAAAACUUUAGAAUUUAGUAAAGAGAAUAAUGAUCCAUUCCAAUUUGGUUUAAAAAAAUGUGAAUUGUGUAAUUUUAAAACUGAAUCAAGUUUAGUAAUGGAUCAUCAUUUAGAGACUCCACAUAUGACAGCCAAUUACUGCUAUAGAUGUAAUUUUUGUACUUUCCAAGUACGCAGUCCUCAUGAAAUAUUACAACACAAUAUGGAUAUACAUAAUAUUAGAGGGCGCUUAGAAAGAGGUCCAGCUCUCCAUCAAUGUCCAUGUUGUCCAUUUGAAAAUAAAAAUAUGGGUAAAUUAACGAGACAUUUGAUUUCUUGUUCAAAACAAUAUCGACCGGAAAUCAAUCAGGCAACACCAUUAGAUUGGGAACCUCCGGCAAAAAUAUACAGGGUAUUGCGAAAUAAACAUUCAAUGAGUCAUGGUAAUGCUGUUUACCAAGCAACUAUAUCUGGAUUUAAACAACUUCCCAAUCCUAAUAUGUUGCAAUUACAACAGCAACAAUAUAAUAAAAUCGUUCUUUCUUCUGGUGUUAGACCUCAUGGCCGUACUGUUUUACCAGGACAGCGGUUUCCAGGAAUGGUGCCUUCUUUUCCAGCUACACUGCCAAAUCAAACUUUUGGAGGAAUUCUGCUUAAGAAUACUAGUAUUAAACCAAUCAAUCAACCAAUUAUUGGUAUUACACCUAAUUCAAUGAACAAAUAUCAGCAAAAUUCAAAAAUUAGUAAAUCUGUUAAACAGCCAAGUAUAGAUAUAACUCUGCCUCAAUCAUUUACAUUGAAUAGCACACAGUCAGAUUUUGUGUCUACCAUAUCUAAAACCAAACCACAACAAACUCAGUCGUCAUCCACUUCAACUAAUAGAAGCAAAAAACAAGCUUUUAUAAUUUGUGAAAUAUGUGAUAGCUACGUUAAAGACCUAGAACAAUUACGUAAUCACAUGCAGUGGAUACAUGAAGUGAAAAUUCAUCCAAUCAUGAUUUAUAAACAACCACCAUUUAACUGUCAAAAGUGUCGAUUUAGAUUUUUUUUUACUGAUCAAGGUCUUGAGAGACAUUUACUAGGAUCACAUGGUUUGGUCACAUCUAGUAUGCAAGAAGCUGCUAACAAGGGAAAAGAUGGUGGAAGAUGUCCAAUAUGUGCUGAAGUUUAUCAAUGGAAGUUAUUAAACCAUGUAAGCCAUGACCACUCUAUAACAUUAAAGCCGGCGCAUUUACUUUACAAAUGUAGUGUUUGUACUGUAACAUUUGGCAUGUAUAAACAGUUUGAAAACCAUGUACAUUCAGCACACAGUAAUGUAACUAAAAACUCAAACAGGAAACCUCUUAGUAAUCAACCUGUAGCUUCUUCAUCAACUUCUAUAACAUCUUCACCAAAGGUUUAAAUGAAAAAUAAUAUGAAGAUAUUUGGUUUUUAGUUUUGAAGAACACAAUAAAAAUCAAAGAUUGUUGGCUUACCCAGUUUACUUGAUAUUUUUAAUUUUGUUAACAUAUUAUCAGGUCACAAGGAUGA